AUGCCACCUACAACACCUCCAGAUGAUGAUGGAUCCUCACGUGCCGUCGUUCGCAACAACGGAUCAUCUUCCUUCCAGACCACGCUGGACGUUGCAACUGCAGGACAGCUGGUGUACAACAUUUCUAGACCAUUGCUUAGAUGCUUGGUCCAAAAGCGAAUCGAUGUUCACGCUUACAGCGUGGCACUGAUCGUCGGGCAGGCUCUGCAGUGGAGCAACAGUGGUCGAGAUCGCUUGGACAAGGCUCUGUCAGAAACUAACGGUCUAAUGCCUUCGAUCAACUAUCUGCUGAAGUUCGGGAUCGACGUUGCGGAGAUCAAGACCCUCCUUCACGACAAAGACGACGAAUGGUCCGCGAAGAUCAUCCUUCAACUGAUCAAGAAGAUCCUCGACGAGAAUCCAAAUAAUCCAUCACUGCAAGACAUAUACCCUCCCUCUUUACAAAGCAUCAAAACAGUGGUCGAACGGUUUUCCGGUCUGUUCGCCACAUCGGAUUUCGGGGUCAGGGUCGAAGAGUUCAUGUCGCACGAUGGCCAUGACAUGGUUACCGGAUACUGCCGACCCAAGUCGAACUCCAGCAGGAUCCCGAGAUCUCGAGGGAUCGCGAGUCCGGAAAAGAUAGCCGACGCCCUCUAUGAAAUUUGCCAGCUCUCGAGAAACAAGUCCCUAAAAGUCGCACUUGUUGGAGGCGCGGACGCAGUCGCGGUAGCUGCGGUCGGCUUCUGGCUCGCCGACUUGCCGGUCUCGUUCCGCAAGCUGGAGGAUGAAGCAUUGCAAGAAGUCGCUACAAGCCACGGACCAAACCUGGAGUCUCGAGUCGUUGUCGUGUUGUCACAGGAGGCCACCUAUGAAGGAACGCUAGUCCAGGGUCGGUUGAUCUAUCUACCUCCCUUGAAAAACGUGAUUAGGGGCAAGGAAGUUAGCACCGAUAACAAGAUAUCUGGAAGGGUUUACUGGAACAGUGCCCUUUCAACCACGUUCAAAGCCAGCCUCCAGCGGUUGAAGGGGUUGCACUCGAACUUCGGGCCCGCAAUAGGCUGUGCUGCCCGUGUCUUCCAAGCGUUGACCGAGGGAGACGACGACGUACCGUUGGAAUGGCGUACUGCAUGCCAGACGUACUACAAGUCGAGCUUUGGAAUAGACUAUGUCUUGUUUGCUCUCGACCGAUUUCCAGAGUUGAAGAAGUGGAACAUGGAGGAGGAUAUGCGGAAAUUUGCGGCCUUGAAAACAUUCGACGAAGCCGAGCGGGAAUUUGAGAAAUCGAUGUUUCUGAUCGCCGAGCAAUGCCACUGCAAGUAUUGCUGCUUUAACGGAAGGCCAACCCCAAAGCGUACUGCUGCAGCAACGACCAACGAGAAGGAGCCUGAUGGAAACUACUGCCUUAUCGCGCUCUCUUGCGCUAUUAUCAGGCUUAUUCGAGUGCUCUCUGGUAUUGAGACCAAGAUCGACAUCGUCAACGAGAGAGGCACACGGACGGAGAGAGAGAUGUUCUUGAAUAGGUCGGGCCUUGAGUGCUUUUACAAUCAACAGCAUGACAGGCUUAUGGUGCAGCGUAAAGGAGCGAAAGACGUGGUUAAAGACGAGCUGUUUCUGUAUCGAGUCGUUGAACGUGUCAAAAGCGACAAGGAAGCACCGGAGUAUUCUCCACUCGCGGUAGCCCAUACUCUGUUUUCUGGGCGUCAACUGGAUAAAAAUAUCCAGCCGCAAACUUCCGCCAUUGCCAUCCAUGGCAUUUGUUGCUUCUUCAACAUACUAGAGCAGAGUGAGCUGCGGGGAGCUGACGAAGUAUCAAAAGUCUGGGUUGUGCCAGGGAGUAUUGAGUACAGAAAGCAGACUUACGAAGGAAUCGCGGAUCUGGGAUCUCACCAGUACCAGGACACUGCUCCUUGGAGAACAGUCACCAGACCACAGAGAUGCGUACCGGAUAGGGUCAAGGAAAAAACCGCAAUACCCCGCCAGGCUGACUUGGACUUGGUGGUGGAGGAACAGCUCGUAAACGAGCGAAGCCCUUGGCUGGAGGUGGGUUUCCGGCUGCCUUUGAAAGAUGGCAUCGAUCUUCUUGGUCCGGGCAGGAUCAUCGAGAAUAUCACCCGCGGCACCGGAUUGGCCCCCAGUCGGCAAUAUCUGAGAUCACCAUCUUCCGAGGAGAUUUAG